UCUAGUUUAGAUUUUAUUGCUUUUUGUCAACAUUUUGUGCAAUAUAACCUAGUCACUGAUUAUCACUUACCGAAUUUAGAUCAUGUGGAAUUCGCUCUUAUCCUCGUACACAACGACGUAUAUAUUGUUUUAAUUCGAAUGGAUUUUCAGUUGUAAACCAGGAGCCAUUAAAAUAUUACUUGAUAAUAAUGUGAAUCACACAGAAAAAUUGUACAGUUAGGCUGACAGUGUAACUGUUUCGAUCAAAGUUUCCUCUUUCAUUUCUCUCAAUUAUGUAUUCUCUUAUUAGUAGAAUCCAUUUAGAUUUCUCGAUAUUUUCGCGCAAGAAUUUUGCCCAUCAACCUGCCAUCAAGUUAAUUCGGAAAAAAAAUGUUUCGCUAACUUAAAAAAGGGCAAAGUUUUUUUUUAAAUUCCACAUAUACUUAGAUUUGAUUAUUAUGUUACAUUCAUAAAAUCGCAGUCUACUUAUAUGAUUCUCAUUGUUCUUGACCAAAUAUUCGUGAUAUUAAUUGAAGCACACGAAAAACAAUUGAAUUCACGAAAGAGUGAGCUUUCCGUAUAAUCCGGUGGGGGAAGGUUGGAGAAAGUCCAAAUUAAUUAGUCCAUCUCAACUAUCGGUUGGCAUUCUAGGAAGUUGCUGAGCACGGUUGAGCAAUAAAAAACUUAUCAGGAUUCAUUGCUGGUAACUUGUUUGACUGGAAAUCUGUCGUAUCGUCACCUCCUUUAUGCACCAACCUAAAAAAUUAUUAUCUCUUCAACCGGUUUAUGUGAUGAACAAUUCAACAAAUAAUAACCGGAUGUGGGCAAAAAGCAACAAUGUCCUACAUGUCAGCCAUUCGUUGCGUCGCUUUUCCAAAUCGACAACCCAUAGUCCUAUAUAUCUAUGCUUAUCGCUGAUAUCGUAAUACCAAAUGUUGUGAUAUUUAUAGUUUGUAGUUACUUUAUCUUAUUAUCUGUAUUUGUCUAUGAUGUGCAAUCGAUGCAGCAUCACGUAGCCCUGUUUGUCCUGUCGCAUAUUCUAGGCGAUACGCCUCCACAUAAUGGAAAAUAUUUGUACAUCCGCCAAUGUAGAAAUAUGUGGGGCAACUGGGGCAUACAUCCAUUUUCGCCUAGUUUGUUUUACUCCUCUUGACAUCGCAAUUCUCAUUGUACGAUACGUCAAAAACCCGUCAAUCCAACGACUCCAGGAAACAAACGGAAACAAAAGAAGAUGAUGGAAGAUUCUGUUCACUUGAAGCUGUCAUCAUUGAAGUAUGAGCGGGUAUAUAAAGGUUUGAAUCGAAGGAAAAAAGUAUCAGUUACACAACUACUUCUCUUCUCUUAACAAUCAUGAUGAAGUUUAUUCUCUUCGCCGCUUUGCUUGUCAUCGCUGCCGGUGACAACAACAACCAAGCCGCGGAUUCUCAAGUCAACUAUCCUCCUCAACCGUAUAGCUAUUCCUACAAUGUACUAGACGAAGAAUCAAACAACGAUUUUAUCCAUUCUGAGAAAACCGAUGGCAAAGUGACCACCGGCUCUUACCGGGUCUCACUACCCGAUGGGCGCACCCAGUUUGUUACCUACAAAGCCGACGAGAAUGGCUUUACUGCUAACGUCGAGUACGAAGGUGAGGCCCAUCAUCCUGAUGGGUAUGUUGCACCUCCUACACCGUCAUUCCAGGCACCAGCCGCACUUCCGUACUCAGCUCCUGCUGCAUCAAACACCAAAGUACGUGAAGCUCCUUCCUACAACGAAGCUUCAUCUUCAGCAGUGCCGGUUGCAAAGGAACCAGCCCCACCAGCCCCAGUUGCCCCUAAGACUCAAGAUGCGCCUGCCAACAAGGAGCCUACCGCUUCGGCUCUCAAAACUCGUGAUGCUCCUUCCUACAAAGAAUCCUCCACGCCGUCCUACAAGGAUUCUGUUACAACUUACAGUCCUCCUUCUCCACCUGCUUACAAUCCUCCUUCUCCACCUGCUUACAAUCCCCCUUCCCCACCUGCUUACAAUCCCCCUUCCCCACCAGCAUAUAGCCAGCCUGCUGCUCCAGCUUACCAGGCUCCUUCUCCACCAGCAUACAAUCCUCCGUCUUACCAGGCUUCUGCCGCAACACCAUAUCAAGCUCCUGCAUACAAGGCUCCUGCCUACAGGUCUCCUCCACCAACCUAUAGAGCUCAAUCUCCACCUUCAUAUCGAUCCCCAGCUCCUCCUACCUACGGCUUUACCCCUAUUGGCCCUACCCCACUCGCUUAUAGAGGCUAAAAUUCGAAACUUUGAACUCGUCUUGCUGGUCAAGAUGUGCAUUAUUACUUGGUGGCAUUGUCAACAACCUAUAAAGUUUGCUUUGAAAUAAUACAAAUACGUUAGAUUUAAA